AUGACGUCCAGAUUCACCAGACUCAUCCGGUUCGAAGAUCCUCAAGGGAAGACUCAUUAUGGCGCGGCCGGUGCGGAUUGGAAAUUAAAUCUUCAAGGUCAGACGCUCCCAACAUAUGAUAUCUCUAGUCCUUGGGCGUCCGAGUUUCCCUUGUCUGGCCAGAAGGCAGAAGUGGCCAAGAUCUUGAGUCCACUAGAAACAAUACCGUUGAUGUUUGGGAUUGGACUGAAUUACAAGUCGCAUGCUGAGGAAGCCAAUGUAUACAUUGCCUCGCGGCUUUGCUUUGGCUCGCAGUUGACAGGUUUAGCUUCCGAUUCCUUCAUACCCGGUGACGUGCUUACGGGACCUUAUCAAGACAUUCCAAUACCUCUGGUGGCUAAAGAAUUGGACUAUGAAGGCGAGCUUUGUGUCGUUAUUGGCAAAAAUGCGAAGAAUCUAACAGAAGACGACGACCUCUCCGAGUACAUACUUGGCUAUCCUACCGGCAAUGAUGUUUCCGCACGCUUCUGGGCAUGGCAAAAGCAGUCUGGAGGCCAAUACGGACAUUCCAAAUCAUUUGACCAGUUUGGGCCAAUCGGCCCUUUAUUACAUCGCCUGCAGCUCUCGGAGAUCCUCAAAACUUGUGUCUCAAGACCUGGGUGA